AUGCCGUACGGUGUAGCAUUGCUUCCUUGGGGAUAUGUGCCAUCAACAUUUUUGCGGUUCCGCUCGCUCCACGGCGCGUCGUCCGCCCACAUUUUCGGCCACUACUGUGUCGACGAGCGCUGCUACCGCUUCACGCGUUCGCCGGGAUGUAACCCCGUCUUCGUCCCAUCCUCCUCCUCGCCGUGGGCGGACGCCGUUGCCGGGCAGAGCUUGGCGCUCGACUUCCUUCCGCAGCCCGGCAGCGGCGACUGCUGGGAGCUUGCCGACUGCCGGAGCGGCCUCCUCCUCCUCCUCAACGCGGCGCCGCCGUCACACCUCCUCCUCUUCGACGCGGCUCCACCGUCACGCCUCGUCAUCUCCGAUCCCCUGACGCGGCGCUACCGGUUGAUCCCUCCCUCGGCGUGGUUCCACGGCUGCGACUUCCUGGGUGCCUUCCUCUUCGACGGCGAAGCCGCCGCGGCCGCAGGCGCGUGCAUCAGCCUGUCGAACUUCAGGGUGACGUGCGCGCUCUAUCGCCACGGAUACGGCAUAGCCAGGGCCUACGUGUUCUCGUCCGCCUCCGGCGGCCGCUGGACCUCCGGUGCGGCGUGUAGGAGUACGGCGCUCUGCGGCACGAGUUCUGGGAGAGCAAUGGGAUCAACAGCAUCUACUUGGCAGGCAACACCGCUACACAGACAGUUAGUUCUAGGAAUGCUGCUGCCCUGCCUGUUCCAGGAGUGA